GAAGAACCUGUACUAGAGAGGGAGAGCGCGAGCGCUGCUCGUGAGAGGACAGCGGCGCUCAUCAGCGGGAAUGGCGGAGACCGUUCGCUCGCUUUUCGACUACCGGGAGCCGCCGACGCUGGACAGCAACGGAGAGAGCAGCAAACCGCCACAGCCGCGAGGACGUGGCUGUGGAAGGAAAAGGAAAGGGACACCAGUAAAAAUGUGUGACAGAGUUUUUGCUACAGAGGAUGAGGAGGAGAGCAUGUCUGAGAACAGCUAUGGAACAGAGAAAGGUGAUGAUCAUGAGGACAAACACAGAGUGCCUGCUGCUGAUGGACCAUGCUAUGAAACUCAAUCUGCUCCGCUCUGUGUGAGUGAGGAGGGCUCUAGCAGAGGGAGGGGGGUCGUCUCAUACCCCCCAUCACCAAACUGCCGUAUUCGUGAAGUGCACUGUGGAAAUCAAGUGCGACUGACUGUCAUAGCGAUCCGUGACAUCACUAAGGGGGAGGAGAUCACUGUGGAUUACAGUUUGACCGAGUGGGGAGAAAAUUCUUUGGGUUUCCAUGACACUGUAUCUCCUAGUAGCUUUGAUUGCAGCUCAGACCAUGAAAGAAACAUUAAGAAGGAGGAAGAGUCUGGCCCAGUUCCAAUUUCUGCAUCGGAAUACCUCACACCUUCUUGGUCUCUCUCUCCUUCUUCCUCUCCUCUGUCUCACUCUGAGCCCAGUGAUUCAGACCUGGACUCAGAUGAUGCCAAUGGAGAUACACGCAUGCAAAUACCUCACCGCCGCAAGAGGCACAAAGCCCUGUCCUCUCCCGCUGCACAUGCUAAGAGAAAAGCACAACGAACCCCCAGCCAUCCUCCCACUUUUCCACACUCCCUCCUGUCCUCCUCACUGCAGCCCGCCAUCCCCUCCAGUCCUAUGUUUAAGUGCCCGCAAUCUGCAGGAGUUCCUGCUAAAAGUGUCAGUGUGUCAGUGGGUCAUGGGCAGAGCACCAUGGCACAGAAACAGCGCUGUGUUUUCUGUGGCCGUCACUUCCGAUCUCUCCCACGCCAUCUGGAUAAACACCACGCCCACCAGCCGGACGUGUGCUCUGCCAUGGUGCAAGCAUACACCUCUGGUGACCCUCCUUGUAUACAGUCUCCUCUCCCAUCAUCGAGCAAGCAGUCCCAGUGCCUUCAAGUGACUCCUGUUCCAGGUGUGGUGGUGGGAACACCACAGUCACCUCCCUCUUCUUCGUCUCCCAUCAGAAGGAGCCCUGACCUCUCUAGCCCUAUUUGCAAAAGUCCUACCUCAGCCCCGACUACUCCACCCAGAAGACGAGGUGUUCCAGUGUCUGUCUUAAAGAGGAGCCCACCUAUUCCUGCUACUCCUCCCAGAAAAGGAGGACGAAAAACAAAAAAGGAUAAAGAGGAGGUGGACAUUUUUGAGAAGACAAAAGAAGAGGAAUUGCCCACUCCAGUGUUUUUAGAUCAUGUUAAGCAGUCAGAACCUUCAAAAGAAGAAAGAGAGGACAAUGGAGGGAGAGAAGAAGAAAGCGGAGCAGAGGAUAAGACCGACCUAUCAAGUUCGCGUCGUCUCCACAUGCUCCCACUUCUUUCCUCCCUUUCCUCCCUGGUGUUGUAUCUGCGGCGGCUGCAGCACUCUGCCUUUAUUUCUCUCUCCCGCUCACCACAGUCGGCCGAGGCAUGGCGUCUCCUCUGUCACUCUAGUCUGGCCCUUCUCAUCCUCUACAAUCGCCGUCGUGAAUGUGAAGUCUCCAAACUCACCAUCUCCGAGUACCAGGCCCGCGUCAGAUCCCAGUGCCCCAUUCCUGUGCAAUCUGGUGCCCCACCUAUUCUUACCCCACUGGAGGCCUCGCUCUCACCCUUCGAGCGGAUGGUCCUCUCCCAUCUCUCUCGCGUUGGAGUCCAAGGGAAACGUGGCCGCGUACAGCCACUCAUCCUCCCACCACACUCUGAAGCCUGUAUGGAGAUGCUUUUGCAGACUCGUGCUGGUGUGGGAAUUGAUCCACAGAACCCCUAUUUGUUUGCCAGGCCAUAUCAUUCACCAGCCACUCCCCUACGAGGGACAGACUUACUACGCAAUUUGGCUCGGUCCAGUGGUUCUCAGCACCCGCGGGCACUGACACAGACACGUGUUCGCAGGCAGGUGGCAAUACUUACUCAGCUGCUGUUUUUAAGUGAGGGUGAGGAGGAAGGGCAGCACGGGUCUGCCAUUCAGCGAUUGGAAAGCUUCUUGCAGAAGGAGUAUCAUGUGACGCAAAGCUGUGCAACCAUUGGCCAGGACCCUGGGCUGAUGGGUCUGAUUGGUCGGGUGGUACUAUGCGGGGAGAGAGACGGCGUCUUGUUCCGAGGAAUGAGUUUAAACCACAUCUGUCUGGAGUUAGAUGUGUUGUCAGAAAACUCUGCCGACUCGUUGUCAGAGGAGUCCGAUGUUGAGCAGAGUAAAGAGAAACCUGAAGCACCAUCUCCUGCCACCAGCAUUAUGAUGAAGAAAACCAAAAGGAACAGCAAAUCUUCCCAGUCCAAGAAGAUGAUAGGCAGCUCCCUGGUCACAAAGGGACGCAAAAAGUCCUCCGGAAAGCCCAAGCCUGGUAAACGUGGUGUGCUGAAGCGGCCUUGGUCUGAGGCAGAGCGCGCAGCUGUUGAGUCCCACCUGGUGCAAAACAUCAUGGAGCUGCGUGUGCCGGCUAAAGCAGACUGUGAACGCUGCCUGGAGCUCUGCCCCUUGCUGGUCACCAAUCACCGGGACUGGAGGGCUGUGAAAUUCUACUGCCACAACCGUAUACAGCUGCUCAAGAAAACCCAGCAGAGACAGGGUCCACCUGCCCUGUCCGUCUGCUGAGUCUGUGAAUCUGCACGCUGCUGGGAAGGGUCAUCCAAUAACAACAGAUGUGUAAGAGAGUGAAUGUGAGGAGGUGCUGAGGAAAAAUAUUUACAGUCACAGUAAACACCGUACAAAUGCUUUAAUUAAUGUGAUGUUGUGUUUGACUUGUGUCCGGUGUGUAAAAUGUAAAAUGGUACCACUUGGGAAGCAGAUGGAAAGCACACUUGUGUACCUUUCCAACUACAAUGAAAGAACACAAUUUUUCUAUUGUAGAUUACCAGUAAGUUUUUCUUUUGCUGGCUUGAAAGUAGAUGAACUUUUUUGACCAGCUGAAAGUCUGAAUGGCUUUGCUCUCCCUUUGGCCAUGCCUGUAACUCACCAGUGACAGAAAAACAGGCAGACUGAGCGACUUGUGCCUUGAUGGGAGUCAAACCUCAAUUUCACUCACAUUUGUGAAAAGUUUUCAUGAAAUGAAGAACUCAAAUUGAGAAAUGUGAAUGAUUUUUCAAUGCACCCCCCUACCCAUGCACUUCAAAUGAAUUAAUGCAUCCUAUGACAUCAUAAUCCAGUGCACAGAUUCAUAUGGAUGACAUUCAUGACAUUUUUUUGAUGUUUAUGUAUUAUUAAUUGUAAUUGCAUGUACAAAAAUACAAGAA